AUGACCUCACACUCGGCGCGGACAGGAGACGACGUGUCCUCGCCCCGCCCACGGAAACGUGCCAAAUACACCCAGAUCGCCUGCAACGAAUGUAAGCGACGCAAGCUGAAAUGCAGUGGUAGUAAGCCCUGCGCGAGGUGUGACCGCGACCAGAUCCCUUGCCUGUAUACGUCUCAAAGACCAGCAGCACCAGUGCCAGCCCAGGAGAUCGCAGCCAAGUCUGAUCGGUCUAGUCAUGCACGGUUCCAGGCUGUCGACCGCGAACUGGACGCCCUACGCGAUGAAAUGCGGACUCUUUCCGCCCGUCUGAAAGAGGUCGAAGCCGUGAACCCAGCGAUUUCAUCCAAGGACUCUUCUCAGAAAGCCCCCGUGCGCCUGCAACGGAUCUUGGAUCGACCAAAAUCACCUAUAUACAUUGGGCCAACAAGUGCAGAGUUCGGCCUUAGUCAGCGCGACAAUGAUAUGCAUGACGGACGAGAGGCCGAUGCAGAUGACGAUUACGAUGCAACGGAUGAUCACGACGAAUACGAGGAGGAGAACGAUAGAGAAAAAGGAAGCAUUGUGGCUUCUCCAGCGACGCGCAGUCCGAACCUUUCAGCCGAUGCGGAGCCAUCAACUGGCGGAAACCCGCUGGGUGAUUUGGGCCUCGAGGAGAUCCUGAGACUGGUGCAGGUUUACGAAGACACUGUCGGAAUCAUGUACCCAUGUGUCGACCUAGCGAGCGUGCGGACUUAUGUGGUGGAAUACUCUCACUCACAACGCUCUAUGCAUCCAACGUUACCCGCACUGAGCGCGGAAACAUCUGACCAGGAUUGGUUUCAUGCACGAGAUAUCCAAGUCCUGAAGAUUCUUCUUGCCAUAGCUCUUUUGGCUGAAUCUCACGGCCGGAGUGAACGUGCCGCCCAACUGGCCGAUAGCGUCGAGGACCGGUUUGCGAGUCGGCUUAAGAUUCUCGAGGUGGACAUGAAGGAGUGUCUGAUCUUGACAUUGCUGGCAAUCUUUCAUUCCUAUCGUGACGACGAAGUCAUUGCCUGGCGACUGACCGGUAUGGCCGUCCGGGGAAGCAUGGAGCUAGGUCUCCAUCGCCAGGAAACGUGGCAAAAGACUGGAGGCGUGUUCCCAGGAGCCCUGGAGUGGAUGUGGGCUAGUCGGCUAUUCUGGUGUAUCUAUGUUCUCGACCGCAAGUGGUCGUUCGGCACAGGGCUUCCGUUUGCCAUUCAAGAUUCUGAUAUGGACACAAAUUUGCCAGAGCCCGGCCACUCUUCCCCUUAUCUCACCUGCAUGAUAUCCUACGCCCGAUUGAGUACGAAGAUAUGGGGUCUUGUUGUGGGCUGGUCGAAUCGUUCACGAGAAGCGACGUCGGACAGCUGCGCCUUUCUAGAUGCCCAAGUCCAGCAGUGGGUCCACUCCAUUCCUCGCGAGCUACGCUUCGACCCAAACUGGCGCUCGCCUUCGGGUUCGGAGCAUACCGAUCGCGCCAUGAUGCUUCAAGUGCUUCUCGCUCUGCAAGCUAAUCAACUCCGCAUCCUUGUCUAUCGUCAGAAUCUUCUCAGUGGCGAACGCAUUGCAGGCGACAUGGCCGGCGCUUCAACCGCGGUCGAGACCGCGAAGAGUACUAUUCAUAUGCUGGACUACUUUAGUCGUGUUUCAAAUGUCUACUUUGAGCGACCGGAACCGUUCAACUAUUUCCUCAUCUCGGCACUUGCGGCCUUGUUCCUAGCAGUGCUGCAUGCCCCGGCCCGUUUCAGCCAGACUUGUCGGCCCGAAUUCUCCGGCCGUCGAUAUGCGACUCGGGCGCGCACAUCUCGCCGGCUGCGGAAGAUCAUUCGCAGUCUCAAGCGUAUUCAGCUCCAUGUACCAUGGCAGACUCGGGAAGCUGGCCAGGGCCCUGCAUCUCGUCGUCGAGCCUCGAAGACGGGCUCGCGUUCCCGAUCUCAUCUGACGCCCAGAGGAACAUCACGUCCUUCUCAGAUUGAAUGGGAUUGGACACCCCUUUCAUGGCACGUCGAGUCUCCUGCUGCCCGAUUUCCGACGUUCUAUCAGGAACCCGGCAUCCCGACCCCCCAAAACUCUUCAACAAGCCUGUGGCCCAUAUCGCCUGGAACGGCUGCCGAAGCAGAGUCGAAUGAAUGCGAAGAUCUUAGUAGUUUUUUUGAAGUCGCAGGGGGGCUUUAUUUCGACCCUCGACCAGGGGCCGACAUCGCAGGUGGGGUCGAGACCGUCCUGUCUCACUCUGGUGAAAGCCGAAACCCUAACCCGCUCAGCGCGUUUCAGGUGGAGGAUGAGGCGCUAACCAGGGUGAUGGCUGGCUUGCUGUAG